AUGGCAUCUCUUGUAAAUUUAAGUUUGUCUACAAAUUUCCUAUCAGGUUCGAUUCCACAAACUUUCGCUAACUUGAGCAAGUUGAAGGUAUUGAGCUUGUAUGAGAAUCAAUUAUCCGACAUCAUCCCUACAUCCAUAGGACAACUUGAAAAUUUAGUGAACCUUCAAUUCAGCAGCAACAAUUUCUCCGGCAAUUUACCACAACAAUUGUGCGUUGGUGGAUCACUUUCAUAUUUAGCUGCAAAUGACAAUAGUUUCACGGGUCCGAUCCCGAAAGACUUGAGAAAUUGCACAAGCUUAUUGAGAGUCCGACUAGAAAACAACCAACUGAAGGGAAAUAUAUCAGAAGCUUUUGGUUCCUAUCCACUGUUGGCUUACAUCAAUCUGAGCAAUAACAAAUUCUAUGGUGAGAUUUCAUCAAAUUGGGGAAAGUGCCCAAAUCUUACAACCCUAAUUACUUCAAGAAAUGAUAUCACUGGUAGGAUACCUCCAGAGCUUAGGAAGUCAUCUCUAUUUGAACUUGAUCUUUCUUCCAACCGUUUAAUUGGAGAGAUUCCAAAGGAAUUAUGGAAAAUGAAGUUUUUGUUUGUCCUGAAUUUGAGUCAUAACCAGCUUUCAGGUAGUUUGCCAUCGGAAAUAAGAAAAUUGUCUAACUUGGAAUAUCUUGACUUGUCUGCCAACAAUCUAACUGGACCUAUUCCAGAGCAGCUAGGGGAUUGCUUCAAAAUGCUUUACCUACACUUGGGUGAGAAUAGAUUUAAUGGAAGUAUUCCUAAACAAAUGGGUAACAUGAUUUUCCUACAGUUUCUAAUGGAUCUUAGUCAUAAUCAACUGUUGGGAGAGAUACCAUUAGAGAUCGGGAGAUUGCAAAUGCUGGAGAUUUUAAAUCUUUCAUACAAUAUGCUCUCCGGAUCCAUUCCCUCAUCAUUCGAAGAGAUGAUUUCUUUGAUUUCCAUUGAUGUCUCAUACAAUGAGUUGGCAGGUCCAAUUCCCAAGAGUAAAGCUUCUAAAGAUGCUCCUAUAAAGGCUUUCACAAACAAUAAAGCAUUGUGUGGCAAUGUUGCGAUAGGUUUGCCCUCUUGCAAUCCUUCAAUGAUAGAAAAGAGGAAUACUGGAAAGAAGCCCAGGAAUUGCUUGGAUUUUUCGAAGAAGUCAAGGAAAAAGAUAGAAAUGGGACAAACAGAAAGAAGUGAUCAAAGAGAUCUAUUUGUAAUAUGUAACUAUGAUGGUAGAAUUGUGCAUGAAAAUAUUAUUGAAGCUACACACAACUUUGAUGACAAGCAUUGCAUUGGGAAAGGAGGAAAUGAAAGUGUUUACAAAGCUCUAUAUACUUAUCAUCAAGACAAUUGA